CAACAAUUUUUUUUCAUAAUUUCUUUCAUUAUGUUUAAAAACCAAGUUAUAAUUAUAAUUUUAAUCGCAGUUUUUGUCUCAAACGUAAAACCAUAUACAAUUUUUAAGAAAUUUAGUGCGGCAACUCAAGAAUCGCGCACAAAUUUCAAUAUAAAGCUUCCAAAAUUAAGAUGUAAUCCCGCGUGCUCUUCAUAUAAUCAUCAAAGAAAAGGAAUGAAAUUUACAAAGCAAUGCGAGCUGAAUAUCGAUUCAGUUGAAGGUGGUAAAGAUGUAUGUGCUAAUAAAUAUUCUUCUAUAAAAAAUAAAAAUUCGAUAACAAUAAAUCCAUUCAAAGAUUGCAACAAAUACAUUAACAAAAAUGUGAAUAGUUUCAAAUCGGUUUGGAUAAAGUGUUUGUCGUGUUUAGCCAUUUCGGAUAAAAUAAAUACAUCUUUCGUCGAGGUUCAUAAAGAGAUUAAUCUUUUUACCGACGAAUUUAACGAAAACAUCCAAAAGGCUUUAAUCAAAACGUGUCAAAACGGAUUUAAAAAUUACGAUUUAAGGGAAUAUAAAGGAACGGUGAUUGUGACAAAAACUUCGAUUUACAGCAAACACGUUUCAAGUGAAAUUGAUGGAAAUUGGAAUAAAUUGUUGAGCGAAAUUUGUUUAAAAUACAUCAAAAAUAUGAAUUAUAGAAGAUUAUUAAAUGAGUACUUAAUGGGAUAUUUGAAAUUUGACGAUUUUUUAUGUAGAUCUGGAGGAUUAUACAGAGAUUGUGAAAAUUUAAUUUUAGAAUAUUUCCAAGUACCUGACAACUAUGGAAGCGUAACUUUAAGAUUUUGCGUCAAGCCGAAUUAA